AUUUAUGGGAAUUUCAUUCUAAAUCUUCAUCGCCUUAGAUGACACUUUGCGUGAAACAAAAUGGGAAAUUACUCGGAAAAUAUAACGGGGUUAUCAUUAGACCAAAAUGAUUCUAGCUUUUUAUCAGGAAGUAGUACGGAGACGGGUAUUUCAAUACAGGAGUUGUACGAUUAUAUAUAUCCACAAACAUUGGAAUGGAUUUUGAUAGUGACUUACGCGUUAACUUUUGUUGUUGGAGUGGUCGGGAACAUAUUAGUUUGUUUUGCAGUCUGGAUUAAUAAAGAUCUUCGCACAAUCACUAAUAUUUUCAUGGUGAAUUUGUCCAUUGCAGACCUAUUAAUAAUUAUAUUUUGUCUUCCCUCUGCUCUCCUUGUAGAUGUCACUGCGACGUGGUUUCUGGGUACAAUUGCGUGUAAAAUUCACAUAUUUCUCGCUACACUGACGAUCUCGGUUUCAGUUAUGACAUUGUGUGCAAUAUCAGUUGAGCGAUGGUAUGCUAUUUGUCAUCCUCUCCGGUUCCAUAGUACCGUCCGACGUGCUAGAUACAUCAUAAUCAUUAUAUGGAUAGCUUCAGCAUGCAUUGCUGUUCCGGAACUUAUCACUUCAACAGUUGUACCUUUACGAGAAGACACUGUGUUGCUAUCAGCUUGUUACCCCGCAUUAUGGGAUGAUCAAAGUAUUGUUAUCUUUCAAAUUUGCUUAAUGGUUGGACUUUAUUUUCUACCAAUUGCCAUGAUGGCCUUUAGUUAUAGCCACAUUGGCUUAGUUCUUUGGAGAGGCAGCAUUUCCGAAACAAUAGAGUUAAGAGCCAGGAAACCAAUGAUUAACGGUGGAAUAAGGGUGCAUGAAAAUGUUGGACAAAGUGAGGGCAGACGUAAAGCUAUCAGGAUGCUUGUCGCUGUUGUUGUAGUUUUUGCAAUAUGUUUCCUUCCAAAUCAUACUCUAAAUAUACUUAGAUAUACUGGUCAGCUUCAAAAUGUUCCCCAAAAACGGCUGAUUGCCUUGUUUGCACAUUGGGCUACAUUUUUCAAUAGCUGCAUUAAUCCAGUUAUUUACAAUUUCAUGAGUGAAGCAUUCAGAAAAGCCUUCAGAGAUGUUGCAUUAAGAUCAUGUUUUCGAUGCAGGAAACGUCGUAGACAAUGGCAGGGACCUAGUUCGUACCAUAUGACAUUUACAGGGAGUAGAAGUUUGGGAGUCAGAUUUAGUCACAAUAUCAGCGUAUGAAAAUAGUUCUACAAAGGAUAUUAGUUUUAAAGAUUACAGGACAAAAAACAUGUUUAUACAUUCGUUUACAGCUGUCUUCG